UUCUGUUAUGCUAGGGCUGCCAUACGUUCAGAAUUUCCCAGACAUAGCCAGGAUUCAUCCGCCAAAAAUGGCGUCCGAGAGGAAUUUUCAAAAACUGGCUAAAGACAUCCUGGAAAACCUGGGCGUAUGGCAGCCCAUUUUUGAAGUGUUGGGGGGGGGGAAUAGUUUAAAAACUUAUUUUAAAAAAAGAUUAAAAGCUCAACAACUUUUGUAUCUGGAUUUUCACUUCUUAAAAUAUUGCAGCCCUAUGUUAUGCUGCUGUCCGCCUCAGAGCUAAUCCGUAUUUAUCUUAGAUACAGUUUAUGUAAGAUGUAAUAGCAACAUAAGUAACACCUAUCUGCAUUGUAUAUAUUUUAAUCUGCAAGUGCAUGUACACUAAGCAAAAGUUAUAUGUUAUUUAAACUUUAAAAGAGAGUGUCCUGCAUAGUUCUUACAGAAGGGGAAAGGGAAAUAAUUCAAGGGUCAAACGACCCAGGCUCUCUUCCAUAUAGCUCUGAAAUUAGGAACUAAAGUUUAAUUCCAACAUCAUCUGUGUAAGAAUGCUUGCAGCUGCCCCACCACAUCGCUCUCCAGCAUCCUCCCCAAAAAGGGGGUAUGUGAUGUAUCUGAAUGCUGAUAUGAGAAUGCUGGGAACCUGUUCAUUCCUAGGCCAAGGAUAAAUGAUAUGUCUGCUGAAAACGAUUGAUAAUGGACCCAGCUAAUGUAAUUCGGCACUUUCCAAAAUGAAAGACCUGCCCACCUUGAAAGAACUGGUUUUACAAGGUUCAUAUCCAACAAGGAAGUUGAGGAAAAAAUGGGAUUUAUACACGUCCACUCCAGCCAGAUCUGAAAGCGAAUGGGGAUUGAAUUGCUUUGCCUUUUUUUCCUAUUCCUGCAAAGAAUUAACUAUGUACAAGGGAAUUGUAAUCCAGGGAGUGCAGUGAAUUGUAAAGAGUGUUUGCUUUCUGGACCGCAUUGUGGAUGGUGCUUUCAAGAGAAUUUUACUGAUCCAUCUGAAAUUCUUAGAAGGUGUGGCACUCCUGAAGAGCUUAUUUCAAAAGGAUGCCAAUUGAAUUUCAUUGAAUUUCCUACUUCUGAAGUGGUAAUUCACAAAAACAAGCCUCUUAGUGAAGGGCCGCAGGAAAACAACUCAGAUGUUACACAGAUUUCUCCUCAAAAGCUAACUGUCCUACUGCGGCCAGGAAAUGAAGAAACAAUACAAAUCAAUGUUCGUCAGACUGAAGAUUAUCCAGUUGACCUCUACUACCUCAUGGAUCUUUCAGCUUCCAUGCAUGAUGAUCUGGAAACCAUUAAGGAACUGGGUUCUUCCUUGUCAAAAGAAAUGUCUAAACUGACAAGUAACUUUCAGCUGGGUUUUGGGUCUUUUGUAGAAAAACCAGUUUCACCAUUCAUUAACACCGUGCCAGAAGAAAUCAAGAAUCCUUGCCAAAGUGUCCCACAUGACUGCUCUCCAACAUUUGGAUACAAACACAUUCUGUCAUUGACAAAUGAUGCAGAAAGGUUCAAUGAAAUUGUGAAAGAACAGAAAAUCAGUGCUAAUAUAGAUACUCCAGAGGGAGGAUUUGAUGCAAUUAUGCAGGCAGCUGUGUGUAAGGAAAAAAUUGGGUGGAGGAACGACUCAUUGCAUCUGUUGGUCUUUGUGAGUGAUGCCGAUUCCCAUUUCGGGAUGGAUAGCAAACUGGCAGGAAUUGUAAUUCCAAAUGAUGGAGAAUGCCACUUGGAUCAUAAUAAUGAGUAUUCCAUGUCAACUGUUUUGGAAUAUCCAAGUUUGGGACAAUUGAUAGACAAGAUUGUGCAAAACAACAUUUUAUUAAUUUUUGCAGUGACAAAGGAACAGGUUCCUUUGUAUAAGAACUAUGCUAAUCUUAUUCCUGGAGCCACUGUUGGAAAACUCCAGAUGGAUUCUGGAAAUGUUCUCCAGUUGAUCAUUGAUGCAUAUAAGGCACUCCGGUCAGAAAUCGAGCUGGAGGUGUUGGGAGACACAGAUGGGGUAAACCUUGCUUUCACUGCCAUUUGUAACAACAACACUGCUUUUCCACACCAAAGGAAAUGCUCUCACAUUCAAGUGGGAGAGGUGGUCAGUUUCAAUGUGACUUUAAGCCUAUCUGCUUGUGGGAAAAGUCCGAAGAACGUCAUAAUAAAACCGGUGGGCUUGAAUGAAGCUCUGGAAAUUGAGAUCCAGUCAGAAUGCAGCUGCAAUUGUCAGAAGGAAGCUGAAAUGAACAGCUUCAAGUGCAAUCGCGGACAUGGUUAUUUUGAAUGUGGGGUAUGCACCUGCAACCCAGGCUACAUGGGUCCUCACUGUGAAUGUGGUGAAAAAGACUCACUGAGUACAGGUUCCUGCAAAAGUUCUCCAGAGGAGACCUCUUGUAGUGGAAGAGGUGACUGCUUUUGUGGACAGUGCAUUUGCCACCCAUCGGCAUAUGGACAUAUUUAUGGGUCAUUUUGUGAAUGUGACAGUUUCUCUUGUGGGAGAUUUAGAGGACUGCUAUGUGCAGGCAACGGCAACUGUGACUGUGGUCAGUGUAGAUGCCACAGUGGAUGGACGGGUGAAUACUGUAACUGCACCACUGACACCAAUAGCUGUGCUUCUGCUGACGGCACAAUCUGCAGUGGGAGAGGUGAAUGCAUGUGUGGAAAAUGUGUGUGCACAAAUCCCGGGGUUUCAGGAAGCACGUGUGAAAAAUACUCACCCUAUGCCGACCCUUGCAAUUCUAAACGGAGCUGCGUAGAAUGCUAUUUAGCGUCUAAUGAUCAGUCUCAGGAAGAGUGCGCUGAGAAAUGUAAAUUGGUUGAUGCGACUGUCAGUAGUGGAGAAGAUAUCAUGGAAGAUAAAUUUGUCCCUUGUUUGUUACUUGGAGAAAAUGAAUGUGCUAUCACAUUUCAAAUGGCAGCUGAUGAACAGGGGAAAACAACCAUUCGUAGCAUAAAUCAAAAAGCCUGUCCACAACCUCCAAAUAUUACAAUGAUUGUGCUGGGUCUUUCGAUUGCUAUCUCCCUCACUGGGGUUGUCUUGCUUUGCAUAUGGAAACUGUUUGUUUCAUUUCAUGACCGCAAAGAAGUUGCUAAUUUUGAAGCAGAGAGAUCGAAGGCCAAAUGGCAAACAGGAAUAAACCCAUUGUACAGAGGCUCAACAACAACAUUUAAAAAUGUUACAUACAGGCAAAAGGAAAGACAACCCGGAUCUGCUGCGGAUAUAUUUUAGCACCCUGAAUGACUUUGGGGGUGGAAGGGGAAUAGUUUGAAAAAAUGUUACAUUUACUAAAUUUGUUCAAAAUUUAUUAUUAAUAUGCUAUAGUGGUGCAAUACUUUAGGAUGACAGAAUAUGUGCUUUUCAUGGUUGGAAGACCCGUAGUCAUAGCUUAAUUUGAUCUAUGAGAACUCAUUUUCUGUAUCAGAAUUCAGAACUGGAUGUGAAGUAACCAAAAUGCUGAAGAGGCUGCAGUUCCACAGGCACAUACUUCCACAUGUGGCGGGAAUGUCCCAAAAUCCAACUCUUCUGGACAACAGUCCUACAACAAAUAAGCAAAGUAACUAAACAGCUAUUAGAAGUCAUCCCAGAACUGGCCCUACUAAACAUCUUCCAAGAUAAUAAUUCCCAUGCGCACUAUAAACCCACCUACUCUCAGCAGCCAGAAACAUCAUAGCCAGACGCUGGAGAGACCUGUCAAGAGUAAACUGGUGUCACUGCCUGAAACCAAACCUCUCUUAGGAUGCACUGUGUUCUGAGGUGUACACACAGAGAUUGUGCGUAUGGAAACUUCCCUACUCACCUCAACAAAGAUGGCAGCUAUGUUCAUUCCUUUGCAAAUCACUUCAGAAAGCAGAUCAUUAUAAAAAAUACACGUGAGCCAUCUCAAUAAAAUGCUGUAUGUUCAUUAAUCAUUGCAUUUGUGUCCAAAUGACAAAACAGAAUGUAGCUUUACUCAUAAGCAGUAAUAGUCAUGGAAGAUGUUAGUUGCCACUUUUUUGAGGCAUGAUUCCUAUGCUGUUAACAGCCACAUGACAUAAACUCAAGAUUUUAACACUACUGCUUUCAAAACCUGUUGAAUUUCUUUCUCUGAUGUGAACAUUAAAGCUCUGACAUGGUGAAAGAUUCCAGUACUAAAAGUAAUCAGACUUAGGAAAGGUUUCUGUGAUUGGCUAAUAAAAUUCCCCACAACUAAGGCUGCAAUUUUAAAUAGACUUACAGUGCAAUCCUAUAGAUCUCUACUCAGAAGGAAGCCUCACUUACUGCAUAUAAAUAUGUAUAGGAUUGUCCUGCUACUAGGAUGUAAAUCAUAUUGCACAAAAUAGAACUUACAUUUGCUUUAAAAUGUUGUUUUGUAUAUGUAGUUAUACAAAAAAGUCUUUUUGCAGAGUGCCUCUUGCAUUUUAGAAGGUGAGAGAAAAGAUGGAGGGUUUAGCUGGCUUGUAAGCGGGGUGUCUUUUUUUUUUUUUUACCAUGAAGUGGUAUUUGAUAUUUUUUUUCCCCAGAGCAAACUUUCACUAUGUUAUUCAUAGUAUGAAUGUACUUGGUGAAGACACUGGAAAUGUCUGAACAGUUAUGUUUCCUGAAAUAGUUUUGACCCAAGGCUGGACCUUAAAUGAGGCCAAAACUACAUUUUACUCAUUGGAUUCCCUUGGGCAUUUUGUUACGAGGUUUUUUUUAAUAUGUAAAUAUUGUGUGAAUGGCAUGCAUUAAAUUAAAAAAAAAAUUAAAACCUGA